AUGACUUUUCCAUUUUAUAAAGCUCCUCCAACUCAUCAUACUAAUUAUCAAAAUGAUAUUCCUCCUGAUAUCAUUUUGAAUAACAGUAUCGGCACCAAUGCAUCACCAUCAACAACAAAAAAAACGUUAGGCUCAAGAAGACCUUCAACUAGUGAAUCGUUAGCUGGCUCAGUUAGAUCAAAAAAAUCUACCUCAUCAUCUUUAAAUUCGUUUAAAUCAUACAAUUUUUAUUAUUAUAAUAUUGGUGCUGAUAUUAAUACUGGUAGCGCUGUUAACAAUAAUAAUUCCCCCAAUAAUUAUGGCAAUAACUAUAACAAUCCUAUUAAUAAUAGUGGUAUCAGUAAUCCCAAACCAAAGCAUAAAACUAAAUCGAUUAGUCUUACUAAGUUUUUCAGAAGAUCUAAAAAAAAUGACCCGACACACAUCCAAGCAAUUCAAUACUUAAAAAAUAAAAAUUAUCAACAAGCAAUAAUUUUUUUCACUGAAUCAUUAGAGAAUUAUCCUAACAGCUACUCAAUAAGAUGUGAUAGAGCCUAUGCCUAUUUACAAUUAGGAGAACACAUUUUAUCAUUACAAGAUCUAAAUGCUGCUACAUUAAGAUACCCAAACAAUGCUAGAGCAUGGGCGCUAAAAGGUGAAACUCAUAGACUGAUGCGUAAAUAUGAUGAUGCUUACCAAGACUUGGAGAGAUCAAUCAAACUAAAUCCACUAAAUACCUACUCUUUAAAAAUCAGAGCUGAAGUUCAUUUUUCCAAAGAAAAAUACCAUGAUGCGAUCAAUGAUUUGAAUAGAGCUUUUGAAUUGCAACCAAAUGACUCGUUUGUUCUCAUAAAAAGGGCUAAAGUCUAUAAAACUCUCUACGCGUACUCUAAUGCUUUAAGAGAUUUAGAUGAGGCAUUGAAAUUUGAUAAAAUUAAUAGAGCAUACAUAUUAACAACUAAAGGCGAAAUAAAUUUUAUAAUAGAUAAAUUUGAAGAAGCAUUGCAGUGUUUCAAUGAAUCAUUAGAAAUAGACGAUAGUAAUCUAAUAACUUUGGAAAAAAGAGGUACUCUACUUCGUCAAUUGGGCAGGAAAUACGAAUAUGAGGCAUUAAAAGAUUUCGAUAAUAUUUUAUUGUUUGAUAAAGACAAUGUACUUGCUUACAAGAAUAAAGCCGAGAUAUUUCAAGGAAUGGGUAGAUAUAAGGAAGCUUUGAUAAAUUUUAAUUAUGGAAUUGCAUUGAGCCCAAAUGAUUUAAGUUUGUUAAGACAACGAGGCGAGAUAAAUCGAUUAUUGGGUAAUUAUGAAAAGGCAAUAAGUGAUUUCAACGAUGCAUUAUCAAUUAAUCAGGACGAUGCAUUUUUAUUAAGAGGAAGGGGUGAAGUAUAUCGAUUAUUACAAAAAUUCGAUCUGGCUCUAUUGGAUUUUGAUAGAUCAUUAGAACUUGAACCUGGUAAUGUAUUUGCUUUGACCAGUAGAGGUGAAGUUCAUCGUAUGUUAAAUGAUGGCAAUAAGGCAUUGAAUGAUUUGAAUCAAGCUAUAGAAAUCGAACCUGAUAAUGUAUUGGCAAGAGAAAGUCGUGGUGCUGUAAAUAGAACCCUUAGGAGAUAUGAAGAGGCAUUAAGAGAUCUGGAAAAGGCUAUAAAAUUGAAACAUAAUAGCGUAUUCGCCCUAGCCAAUCGUGGAGCUGUUUACCAUAUGUUGAAAAGAUAUCAGGAGGCAUUGCUUGAUUUGAAUUUGGCAUUAGAAAUCGAUUCAAAUCAAGAUCUAGCCUUAGAAACUAGAGGUUCUUUAUUUCACAUGUUAGGAAAGCGGGCGGAGGCAUUGAAAGAUUUGAAUAAAGUGUUACAAUCCAAACCGGAUAAUCAUUGGGCAUUGUGCUAUCGUAGUGAGGUGUUGUAUGAAUUAGAUAAAUGCGAAAAUGCAAUACAAGAUGUGAAUAUAGUUCUUAAAGUGAAACCACAUUGGAACUAUCCAUUAUCAAUACGUGGAGCAAUAUAUAAAAAACUUGGUCAUUAUUCUGAAGCAUUGAUGGAUCUGGACGAGGCUUUAAGCAAUGUCAGGGACAGAGCAUUCAACAACGAAUAUGAGAAUAAAGCGUUGUGUAAUAGAGGAUCGAUUUACCUUUACCAAAAAAGAUAUUUUGAAGCUCUGACAGACUUUAAUAAGGUGUUGAUUAGAGAACCGGAAAAUGUGCUUGCUUUGCGUGAAAGAGGUUUAACUUUUUUCAAGCUGAAGCAGUAUGAAGAAGCAUUAAAUGAUUUAAAAAAGGCCGUUAAUAUUGAUCCUGAUAAUGAAGAUCUUAAAAAUCAAUUAGAAACCUUUACAAAACUUAUUGCUGCUGCCAACAAAAAAAAAGAAAACGGUGAAGAGGAUGAUGAUAGCAAUGUUGAUGAUAGCAAUGUUGAUAAUAGUGUUGAUGAUAAUGAUAAUGUUGAUGAUAAUGUUGAUGAUAAUGUUGAUGAUAAUGUUGAUGAUAAUGUUGUUGAUAAUGUUAAUGUUGAUGAUAAUGUUAAUGUUGAGCAUAAUGUUAAUGUCAAUGUUAAUGAACAUAAUGCUAAUGUCAAUGUUAAUGUUGAACAUAGUGUCAAUAAUGGAGGUGAUGAAGGUGACGCUGUUAAUGACACUGGUGAUAAGGAUACUGAUGACAUUGAUUACAAUGAUGAUAGUACUAGGAAUGACAUUAAUAAUGACACUAGAAGAAGCAAUAUUCUUGAUGAAUAA